CUUCCGUAGCAGACCCACAGCUUUUGGCGCCCUGAGUGCUGCAGGAGAGAUAAAGCGAAGGCAGACCGCGUGGUACGGAGAGCAUCUUUGGUUCAGAGAAAUCACACAAGCUAUUCCUGUCGUGUUUUUAGGUGCACAACAUGGGGAAGAAGCAGAACACCAAGGGUAAGAAGGAUUCACAGGAGUCACAGGAGGAGCCCGAAGAGUUUGUGGUGGAAAAGGUGCUCGACCAACGUAUUGUCAAUGGGAAAGUAGAGUUCUUCCUGAAGUGGAAAGGAUUUACAGAUGCUGACAAUACCUGGGAGCCAGAGGAGAACCUGGAUUGCCCGGAGCUGAUAUCAGGAUUUUUGGAAGCGCAGAAAAACGUGAAGGAGAAGCCGGCUCCUGUUAAGAGGAAGGCAUCGACAGAUGAGCCAGAGACAGAAGCCAAGAAGAAAGAUACAGAGAAACCACGUGGCUUUGCAAGGAACCUCGAUCCAGAGCGGAUUAUUGGCGCAACAGACAGUAGUGGGGAGUUGAUGUUCUUGAUGAAAUGGAAAGACUCGGAUGAAGCCGAUUUGGUCCCGGCCCGUGAGGCCAACACUCGCUGUCCUCAGGUUGUCAUUUCCUUCUAUGAGGAGAGACUGACAUGGCAUUCCUGUCCGGAGGAUGAAGCUCAGUAGUAGUUCCCUCUGGCCCCCGCAGUCCCUUACACCACCUAUGCCCUUUUCCUCAGGACUUAAUGUUCUCCUCUGGCUUGCCUUCUAGUUUUAGCUAUCUUAGUUAUUUUUUUGAAGAUGUUUCAACCCUCACGUCGUGUGGCAGUCAUGGAGAGCUAUAUGGUUAUACAGAUUAGCUGACCAGAUUGUUGAUUGAGAGCAGGUGAUGGUGUUGUAAUGUAUAAUAAAGUCUUCCGUUAUCAUAUUAUGGUUAAUGUGAUGGCAGUCUAGAAAUUAUUCUCUUUGAUAGAACCUGAAACCACCUAUACCCAUUCACACACGGUCAAAGUUUGUAAAUUCUAAAUGGCUACUUUGUCUGUUAAGAUGUCGACCACCUCUUGUAUCACCAUGUGAUUUUCAUGGAAAAAGUUGAAUUUUGUCUUUUCUUCUCCACACUAGUGCUCAUGUUUUGUUCUGAAUGUGCAUUUUGUAUAUGAUUGCCUGUAAAUAUUAUUUGAAGUUCUAAUAAAGGUUUUAUGUGACCAAA